UUCUUAAUCCUACCAAAGUAUACCAACUAACUCCGUGUCUUGACAGACUCUACCUACCACAACCACCGCAAUCACCAACUACCAUUUCGAGUUCUCUUCCACUCUUUUCUUUUCCACUUUGCAAUUCUUCUUUCACUCAUCAACAUGUCUUCCCCUCAAGUCAUUACCUGCAAAGCUGCAGUGGCAUGGAGAGCUGGGGAAGCAUUGGUGAUGGAGGAAGUAGAAGUGAGUCCUCCCCAACCAAUGGAGAUUAGGAUUAAGGUUGUCUCCACCUCUCUCUGUCGCAGUGAUCUCUCCGCUUGGGAAUCUCAUGCCAUAUUUCCUCGCAUAUUUGGCCACGAAGCAUCAGGGAUUGUUGAGAGUGUGGGACAGGGAGUGACUGAAUUCAAAGAGGGGGACCAUGUGCUAACAGUAUUCAUUGGAGAAUGCAUGUCAUGCAGGCAGUGCACAUCUGGAAAAAGUAACACUUGCCAAAUUUUGGGAUUGGAAAGGAGGGGUUUAAUGCAUAGUGAUCAGAAGACACGCUUCUCAUUAAAAGGGAAGCCUGUUUACCAUUAUUGUGCAGUUUCAAGUUUCAGUGAAUAUACAGUAGUCCAUUCUGGAUGUGCUGUGAAAGUCAGCCCCCUUGCACCUCUUGAGAAAAUAUGUCUUCUGAGCUGUGGGGUUGCUGCAGGUCUUGGUGCAGCAUGGAAUGUUGCUGAUGUGUCAAAAGGAUCAACUGUGGUGAUUUUUGGUCUUGGAACUGUUGGCCUAUCUGUUGCUCAAGCUUCCAAACUAAGAGGUGCAUCUCGAAUAAUUGGUGUGGACAACAAUCCACAGAAGUGUGAAAAUGCCAAAGCUUUUGGGGUUACUGAAGUUGUUGAUCCGAAUUCCUACAAAGAACCUAUAGCUCAGGUUAUUAAGCGCAUUACUGAUGGUGGGGCAGAUUUCUCGUUUGAAUGUGUAGGUGACACUGAUAUGAUAACCACUGCAUUGCAGUCAUGCUGUGAUGGAUGGGGUUUGACUGUAACACUUGGUGUGCCAAAGGUGAAGCCUGAGAUGUCUGCUCAUUAUGGGCUACUCCUAAUGGGAAGAACAUUGAAAGGAUCUCUAUUUGGAGGAUGGAAACCUAAAUCUGAUCUUCCUUCAUUAGUAGAGAAGUAUCUCAACAAGGAAAUCCAGAUUGAUGACUACAUAACACACAAUUUGUCAUUUGAUGACAUUAACAAAGCUUUCAAUCUCAUGAAGGAAGGGGAGUGUCUGCGUUGUGUUAUCCACAUGCCAAGAUAAUGCAUGCGGCUUCUUUUUCUUCUUUUUUUUUUUUCUUUCUAAGAGAAAGUUGUUGAAGAAAUCAAUGCCCUGGAGAAUGAAGAAACUACUUUGCCUAGUUAUCAUUGAACAUUGGUGAGAGUUGCAUCUUGUAAAGGACAAAAUAUUGAUCAUGCUAAUAGUAAUAAUAUGCUAUGCUAAUUUUUGUCUUUGCUCAA